AUGGUCGCGAUGAACGUACGACGGCUUGCUGCCGCCGCCGCUGCUGCGGCCUGCCUUCCCGCCGUGUCUGCGGUGCAGUUGGGUCCGAUCGGGCCUGCUCAGACCUCACCCGCCGAGCUCCAAGAUAUCCCGUUCGACAUCAACCCGCCCACCAUUACGCCCGCUCCAGUAGCUCCCCGGGCAAUUCUACAGAAGCGGGACACCGCGACGUGCGGUUAUGUUGAUGGUGAUGGAGCGAACGGCUACGUCUGCGCAAACUCCGCCGCCCGGUGUCUGUACAAUGACCAAGCCUCGGCCGUCGGCUGCUGCUUGACCACCUCUUGCAACAUUUACACUGCCUGUUUAGACUAUGCCUCGUCGUCGGCCACGAAGACGUUCAACGCCGACAGGACGCGAUUUUGCUCCAACUCGGCACUGCCGUACUGCGCCUACUACAAGUACGACGAAAACGAGUCAUCUCUGGCCGGCUACACCAUCCCGACUUGCGACAGCACGCGCGGCAGCUACAUCAUCUUCCUUACAUCCACCAGCGCCAGUGCCACCGCUACAGGAAGCUCCUCCGAAUCCUCUUCGUCGUCCACGUCCGAGUCGUCGUCGGCAUCAUCCACCGAGUCGCCCUCAGCCACCGGCACCGAGACGGACGGUCUUCCCGCGGAGACCAGCUCCACCGCUACUGCGACCCCUGAGCCUUCGUCGGGCGCGCCUAUUGGAGCGAUUGUUGGUGGUGUUAUUGGUGGUAUCGCCGCGCUUGCUCUCGUCGGCCUCGGCGUCUUCUUCCUCAUGCGACGUAACAGCAAAAACAAUCGUCACAAUUCGCCCCCCACAACCGCCGUCGGCACCGUUCCCCCCAGCUUCCCUGGCGGGCCUCCCGGUGGUCCAUACCAGCAGCUUCCCACCCAAGCUUCCCCGCAACCGCACAUGUCCGUCAUGGGCGACCCGGCCGCUCUCGACCCGCGCUACAACAACGGCCUGCACAGCCCGCACAGCCCUCAUAUGAGCAUCUCGCCCCAGGGCACGCCAUCCCCCGCUCCUUUCGGUCAACAACAGUACGCGCAAGGUUUGGGUGUCGGUCCGAUGGGUACUCCGCCGCCGCAGCACCAGGGCCUGGGCACGCCUCCGCCGCAGGGAUAUGGUGCGCCACCGUCGCCGGGCCACUCGGUGGGCGGGUAUGCGCCGUACGGGGCGCCGUCGCCGAUGCACCAGCAACAGUAUGGCCAGGGGCCUUAUGGUGCACCGCAGCAGCAGAUGCCGCAGCAGCAUCAUGCGGUGGAACUGCCGACGCAGAAAGGGGACGGCCAGGUUUAUGAGAUGUCGUAA